AUGUUCUCUUCACUGUCCCACAAACGUCGGCACGAUGACGACGACGAUGUUAUGUCCAUGCAUCACGACAAGAGGUUGCGUCACUCUGCUGGACAUGAUCAUGGUGUGUUUGGUUCAAACCCCAGUGUCGAAGCUCAAUCUACUCCUGGAGCCAUGGACGAUUCAAUAGCUUCUACCAUGGCCGGAACCGACUCAUCCGACGACAUGGAUAUGGACAUGAGGGAUGACUUUCAGAUGGAGUACUCCCAGUCUCCUGAGCAGCCUUCCUCCUGGAUACUCGAAAACACCCCACUCCGGAACCCUCGGAUGGCUNNUUUGGAUGAUAGAGGAUCACGAGUACCAACNCCCAUUGCACUCUUGACUACACGCCCAAAGCCUACUCCACUGCAAGGUAACACCAGUGUCAGUAGUGCCUAUGGCGCCUCUACUUCUAUGCGUGCUCGGUUGGCUGGUCCAAGAGAACGCUUUCCAUCACCAAUUUCUGAAGAUGAGCCUCACACACCUACCACGGCUACCGGAAGCCAGUUCUCCUUGUUGACUGUUAAUGAUAUCGACAUGGAUGCUGAGACCACACCUCGGCCUCCUCCGCAAACACCAGAAGUACACGUCCGCAAGCAACGACAACGAAGUGGUGCUUUCACAUCACCGCGUGACCAAGACACUUCUAAGAAGUUUUCCAUGGGAUAUCGCGAAGACUGUGACAAAUGCAGGAACCGUGUACCUGGUCAUAUGAAUCACUUUCUGAGGUAG